AUGGAAGACCACGACAACAGCGUCCGGCCUCCUCCGCCCGUUUACCAGCUCCCCGACUGGGAAACGCCUAGACCGAGAGCCGCCAAGAGACAGUCGUUUACGGACCGACUGCUACAGUCGAGUAGGAAUUCCUUCGGAGCUACCUUUGCAUCAACAAACUAUGCAGGCGCAGCUGCAGGUGCAGGCGAGGGCCCUGCAGAAGCCGCAUCGCGCAAAGAGAUAUCCGCCGAGUCGUCCAUACUACCAACACACACACAGCAGGCCUCGAACGUCGACCAAGGCACAGCCAAGCCUUCCCUACUCGCCUCGGCACGCUCUCGCUUCGAUACCGCCGUCCCACCGCACCGCACCUACUUCGGCCGCUCUCGGCGCUUCUUACUCCUCUUCAUCAUCCUCCCGCUAGCGAUCCUCCUCUUCAUAGUCUUGCCCCUAGCCGUUGGACUCGGAGUCGGCCUGUCAAGACGAUCGAAACACUCGCAGGACCUACCGCUGCCUGGGAAUGCGGAUGUCCACACGGGGGAUCUGACGUACUACGGUCCUGGCCUCGGGGCGUGCGGUGUCGUGUCCACCAGCAGCGACAACAUCGUCUCCGUCUCACAUUACACCUUCGACGCAGCGAGCACGGGUUCGAAUCCGAACAACAACCCCUUGUGCGGGAAGAAGAUACGAGUGCAGAGGGACUUUGUGGAGGAUGGGAAAGGCAAUCGGAGCGUGGAUGUCACCGUCGUGGAUCGCUGUGUGGGUUGUGCGCCUACCGAUUUGGAUUUGAGUAUCGCUGUCUUCACCCAGCUGGCGCCCGAGGAUAGCGGCAGGGUGGUCGGGAGCUGGGCAUGGCUUGAUUGA